AAUCAGCAAGGAGCGGGGGGAGGAGGCGAUCAUGUUGUCACCUGACCGUGGUCGGGCAGCGCCUGGAGAAGCCGCGGCGAAUCUGGCCCCGAGGUAGGGGCUCGUAGUGGCCCACGCUCGUUCGCUCGCGGAGCUGCGGCAGAGGUGUGAAGAAUAGAAGCAUGUUUCCCUCUGAGGUCUUCAGCAACAUUUGUGAUACAGAAUGUCUCUAAGUGAAAGGAACAGCGUGGUUUUUGCAUAUGAGUCUUCAGUACACAGUGCCAAUGUUCUGCUUAGUCUUGAUGAACAGAGAAAGCAAGACCUUUUUUGUGAUGUUACCAUCUUAGUAGAAGAUCAACGAUUUCGGGCCCAUCGCUCUGUGCUUGCAGCCUGCAGCAAUUACUUCCGUUCAAGAAUUGUGGGUCAGUUGGAACUUGAUCUUAUUGUUUUACCUGAAGAGGUUACACUAAAAGGAUUUGAUCCCUUGCUUCAAUUUGCCUACACUUCUAAACUUAUUUUAGACAAAGAUAAUGUGGCUGAAGUCUGCAAGUGUGCAGAGUUUUUGGGAGUACAUGACAUUGAGGAAUCUUGUUUUCACUUUCUCAAAUUCAAGUUUCUGGACCAGAAACCAGGCCGACGGGAAUACCUGAAGAAAAAAUGUUGUAAACCGCGGUGUCAGAAAGAACAUAGUAAAAUAGGUGUUCCUGAUAGGGAUCUAGAAACAGACGACGUGGAUGAUAUUUUGCAAAAUGAAUGCAUUCAAAACCCUCAAUUCAGCACCCACAAAAAUAAUCAAAAUUCAGAAGUAUCUCUUCUGCAAGAUACUGCCAGUCAGACAUGUGAGUCUGUAUCAGAAAGGGGUCUUGUCUUUGGUUUCGAGUCCCUAUGCCCCAAAUACAGGAAGUUCCAAAAAGCUUUAGGGAAUGAUAAAGUCCCUGUUGUGGAGUCCAAUUCCAGUAUUAAAGAGAGUGCAUCCAUUCAUCAGACUGAAUCAAAUACUAUUGGUGCUAUACAAAAAUCUCUUGGCUGUGCAGCCGUGCAGCCAGUCUCUAAAUGUGAAGGUGCUCAGGUAGAGAUGGAAGAAGAUGGGAAUGAAGAGUUUUUGAAAGAGACAAGCCCUCCAUUCCAAAGUCUUGAAUGUUCUGCGAAGAAGAUGGAUUCUUCUUUUGCCUCCCAUAAUUCUUCUGUUGCCACUAAUGGUCUUCAUUCUGCUUCUUUCUUAAAUGCAUACGAUCAAUAUUGUAAUUUGACUUUUAGUGGUAUGCAGGGCAAUACAGAGGUAGCUGAAAAAAAUGAUAUUGUUACCGGAGCUGGAAGUUGCAAAUUAAUGAAUGAAAAUAUUGAGGGCCCACCUUUGAAAUCUCAUUUGUGCGACAGAGAAAAUGUGAACAUGACUUUGCCCAGCAAUCGCAGCAGUGUGGAAAGAGAGAUAGCAGAACAACUAGCAAAAGGAUUUUGGAGUGAUGUUUACAACACAGAUACGGCAUGUCAAGUCAACCUGUCUCCUGCCCCAGCUAAAGAAUUUUCGGAGCAGGUCUGUUCAGAAAAGAAAACUGAGUGUCCUUGGUUAGGUAUCAGGAUCAGUGACAGCCCUGAGCAUGGCCCUCAAAGAACUUUUACAACUUUGAACUCUGUCAGUUGCCCUUUCAUCAGUAACCUUGGUACUGAAAACAUUGCUGAUAUUAAUAGUGGAGACUGUGCACCAGAACAACCACCAGAACAGUGUCCAUACAGCUGUGUGAUAAAUUUGGAAGAAGAAUCUGAAACUGAUACAGAAGGAGAUAGUGAAUCCUGUUCUGCCAGAGAACAAGAAUGUGAGGUAAAGCUGCCGUUUAAUUCACAGAAGAUAAUUUCUCUUUCUAGAAAUGACUUUCAGUCAUUUCUGAAAAUGCACAAAUUGACACCAGAAGAGCUGGAUUGUAUCCACGAUAUUAGAAGGCGAAGUAAAAAUAGAAUCGCAGCACAGCGCUGUCGUAAGCGAAAGCUAGACUGCUUACAAAACCUUGAAUCUGAAAUAGAGAAACUGCAAAAUGAAAAAGAGAACUUGCUGAAGGAGAAAGAUCAAAUUUUGUCAACACUGGUUGAGACAAAGCAGAAUCUCACAGGACUUUGCCAACAAGUAUGCAAGGAAGCUGCACUGAGUCACGAGCAAAUACAGAUUCUUGCAAAAUAUUCUGCCUCUGAUUGUCCACUUUCAUUUUUAGUCCCAGAGAAGGAACAACCAGCGCCAUCUGAUGUUAUGCCUGCAAUGCCGUUGUGUGUAGAAUUAUCUGCGGGUAUUUCUGUUGCAUCAACAAAUGAGUAGAGUUCUACAUACCAGCAUGUAAAAGGAACAUGUGAUACGGAUAUGAUCAAGCACAAGAAUUGUGUUUCAUUAUCUGAGAAAACAUGGCCUUUAAGCAGAAUGGUGUUGGUAUUACCCAUUUUUGUCAACAAAUGACAGAUAAAUGCACUACAGAAAAAUAAUCUUGUUAUCACACUCAUCCUGGCAGGGUUGAAAUAUUGGUUUCUGAGGAGCAAUAUAGAACCUUACAUAUAGUGCAGCUGUUUGUACUUAACUAUCCACCAUUCUCAAUGAACUGUAAAUGUAAUUAUGAGCUUCUCCCUUCUGACAUGUGAAGAUGUCACUAUGUGACACACCUUAUUACAAGCAGAAGGGAAUUCCUGCAGUUUAGAUACUUUAGGUUGCCAGUGCCACAUGAAUCAAAAUAACUGGAGCAAACAUUUUGCCUUUUAAACUCGCUUAAGAAUUCCAGUGCUCUUGAAGGUCACUGAUUUGCUCUUGGAGGUCACUGAUUCAUAGGGUCACCAUAAGUCAUAAUCGACUUGGAGGCACAUAACAACAAGAAUUCCAGAUGUUUAAAAUAAAUAAAUAGAUCUGGUAAUACACUGAAACCUCAAACAUCCAUGUCUGCAAGAAUAUUGUGUCGUCUAAUUAGGAUACCCGUUCUUGGCAUGCUGUCCUUUCAUGCUCUCCAAGGGUUGUAUCUAAUGCUUUUGUCAGAAAGUUGGUCUUUCCUCCCGUGCCCCCAGAUUCUGCUCUGGAGGUCCCUCACCCUUUCAGGCUGAUUCUAGAGCGCAAGCAGACGGCUGGAUGGGGCAGGAGACAAAGAAGUUCUGUUGUACGCAUGGAAGUCCCUUGUGCCAACAGAGCUGCAGCGUUGGACAUGGCCCCAAAUAUUUGAGGUUCUGCUUAACAUAACAUACCAUGGUAUUUGUGCUUCCUAAAAUUUGAUAGGUGGUUAUAAGGAGAAUUAAAAUGAUCAAGUAUUCUGGAAGGAUUUCAACUUCUACUAUUACUAGUGGGACCAGUUCAGAUAUAUUUGAAAACUAUUCUUUUAAAUGGAUACUUUUAUGCGCAAGGCUAAAAGUAACAAUUCAGUUUUCAAUCGUUUGUACUUCAGUUAUUAAAAAGUCACAUUGAUUCUUCAAUAGUUUUAACUAUUAAAAAUUAGCAAAUAGAGACUUUUAUUGUAGACUGAUCUGCAUUGUAUUAAUUACAGAAAAACCAUAUAAAAUUUGUAAUUGUUCUUAAUAACAGAAGCUUUAUCUACUGAACCUCAAACAUUCUUGCUGGUUUACAGAAUGUAAAAGCCAAUGGAAUUCUUCAUUUCCUACCUCAAAACAGGCAUCAGUUUUUAUAUCUAUGUUUGGAAUAUGAUUAUCUUUCUAUAACUAUUAUUGCUUUGCAAGACUCUAGCAUAGUAAAUCUGCUAUUUCUUAACAUGCUAAAAUAUUGGUUAAGUUAGCGAUGAUUUUAGCCUCUAGGAAGGUAUUUUGCAUUUGAUAAAAUAUAAAAAACACAUGGUGAACAUUUGGCCAAAUACAUAAUCUGAACAGUACAUUUGACAACCAGCAUGUAUUACAAAAACUACACUACCUCACAGAAUGAUUUCAAGGUCAUUCAAAGCUGCAGUGGUAUUCAUAAAUAUUUGUCACGAAAUUAGCAUUAUGAUUUACAUAGCUUACAGACUUUUGACUUCAUUGUGGAAGUUCCUGUUUAAUUUCCCAUGUUCUCUUUUGCUUGUGUUCAGUACUCUUGUGAUAAUAUAGGGAAUGAUUCUUAGCAAGCAGAUAGCUAGCAUUUUUGGCAUUAUGUGCAUUUGAUAAGGCAGGUGCUCUUGAAAAGUGCACACAACGUCUCUCCUGGGAGUCAUAUACUUUGACUUUUCUCCUGAUCCACCCUGUUCCUUUCUGACAAAUCAGUUAGCAGUGCCAAAUUUGUUGAAGCAUAUAAUGUAAAACCUGUAUUUCAAAGAAGUAACUUAAGGAUAGAAUAUUGAUAUAAUUGCUUUUGAGAAUACAUUUUAACACUGUACACUCUAAAUAAUAUCUCUAGGGAACUGGAUUUUCUAUGGGCGGGCUAGUGUUGACAUUGCAAGGGACAGUCUGGCUCUGGCUCCUCUCAGAAGUCAACAACCCCAGUAGAAGACUGCAUCAGUGGAGGAGUGCAUAAGAGCCUGUACUGCAUUCUUCUUGUUGGUUAAUAAAUUUAAUGUCUGAAUUGGAGCUGUAGGUUCAGUUCACAUUUUUAUAGGAAUUGUUAAAUAUGCUCAGUUUCUAAUACCUAACUGAGGGGGAAAGGAGGUGGUUUAAUGCCUAAUCAGCUACCUCUAGGAAUGUUUGUACAGUAGUAUUUCAGGUUGCAUGCAAACACUGAAAGGCUAAAUCAUCAUUUUGCAAAUAUUGGGAAUGGACUUCAGUAUACAAGACUCUCAGGUAAAAUGUGAUGGUUGUUUUUCAGUUUCAGCCAAGAACAUUCAGUUUUGAACUUGUAACAUAUUUGCAUCAAGGCAUGUCAAAAGUAGUUUUAAAUAUUUUGGGCAGAAUGUGAGAUGUUCGAAGAACAAAACAGCAUAAAGACUGCAAAAAAGAAUCCUCCAUUAAUUACAAUUGAUUUUAUAUAUUUCAUAGUCCAGUGUUUUCUAAUGCAAUAAAAACCACUAUCCUUUCUAAGAAGGUCUUCAUUUUUGUAAAAUUUUGGCAUUGUAGAAUUGAUGCAUACUGAUUGAUUCAUUUAGUACUACUAAAGCUGAACUCUGGAAAUAACAUUAUUUAUACAGUUUAUAUAAUAUAUAAAGGCAGCAAAUAUUACUGAAUUGGAAUAAAACUCCUGAAAACUCA